AUGGCGACCAUCGACGGCUCGGACGACUCUCACAUGCACACGAAGCUCACCAAACUGCCCUGCGCCAUCUCCCGCAGAUGCGAGCCGAGCCAGCUUGCCUCUCCGAUCGUGAACGAGAGCUGGAACGAGAGCCGAUACGUGGCCGGGCCCGCUCAGCAGUGGCUGACGAACUCUCCCGCCACUGUCUACUGGGGAUCAACAGACCUGAGCAUCAGGUCCCGAGUGGCCGACCGAUCGCCGUUGAUGUCCGAAAGUCCCUGGAUCUCCGAUCCUCCCAAGCGAUCAUCGCUGAAUCGCUCAGGAGACGAUCCCAGUCCCAAGUAUGGGAUCGGCCUCAAGGUGGAGAACCGAUACCCGCACAUCAUUCAACACGUCACAAACCUUCAAGAUCCUUACGGGCAUGAUAUCAGCGACCGGAUACUGGAGCUGGUGGACGGGCAGGCUGUCACCAAGUCCAAGGACCGCAUAGACUAUUCCGUGCUGGGGGAUUACGGGAGCGUCGUGAAGAUAACGCUGAGAUCAAAGAGCUCCGGCGAGCUUUACGAUCUACAAGUGAGGAGGCAUCUGCUGUUUCAAGGGAUGGCUCCUGAUACUUCACGAGUGGAGUCGGACCUGCUCUACUUCGUGUUCAGAGCCCUCAACGAGAUCCGCAACAUCCUGGUCAAUGACACCGGGAGCCACCUAAAGGACGCAGUGCAGAUGAUUCACUCGUGUGAGGGAGUGCUGGGGCUGGAGUGUGGGGAGGUGCUGGGAAGGAACUCUCUCCAUGUCUUUCAUGCCACCUUGGGGAGCCCCGCUCACAUCUAUGGCGGCCUCAUGCGGGGGGACGAGGUUGUCAAGUUCGAAGAGACCUCAGUUCAACGUGUUCACCUUCAGAAUGACAUCAAUGUCGGUGCCAUCGGCUCUGAGUGCCGCAUCCGGAAGGAGCACGAGAUCAAGUUGUUCCGGACGUCAGCCAAUGCUGUUCAUCGACUCGUGUGGGACAACGCACUGCUGCUCGAGAAGGACAGGCAGCAGAUCGAGGCCUCCAUCGUCGGGGUCUUGGAGACUGUGCAGACAAACCUCUUGCACAGAGUAUCGAUCGCCGAGAAGUUUUUGAACCGGAUCAAGCAGGAAGGUGUUGGAAGCCUCGCCGUGGACACGUCCAGGAGGUCCAACGAGUCAGGGGCACAGGCGAGUCGAGCAGAACUUGGACGGCACAGAUAUUACUCACGCCUGAGUGAGUGUAUGAACACUCUGGCCUCCACCAUCCUGAACAUCGAAGAUCAAAUCGCUGCAAUUGGGAACAAAUUUGGAGACAAACAAGCAUUGAACACGUGGACGAUCAGCUAUAAGAACAAUGAGAUUGCAAACUUUGAGGAUCAACUGCGCAAGAAAGAAGAGAUCAUAAGAAAGUUGGAAGAUGAGCAAGAGAAACAAUCCAGGAGCUUGGAAGCGAUAAGGAUAGAAGAGCAGAGGCAGCAAUCGGAGUCCAAGUCAGAGGCAGCGUACCUCAAGCAAAAGCUCGAGAGGGUGCAAAGGGAGCUGGAUAGAGCUGAAUCCUCCAACUUGGACCUGAGGAGGGAAGUCGAAACCUUGCAGGCGGAUCUCAAGGAGAAGGUCUCUCCCAUCCCUUCCAGGAGCAGCCAUGUUUCCUCCGGCGUCAUGACAGACCCUGUCGAUGAAGGGCCUGGUAAGGAAAGCUUGCAGGCGGAGAUCGACGAGCUGAAGAAGAAGGUGUUGGAGCUGGAGAAAUCCAACUCUGAAUACCGGGUGCUCCUGGAGAAAGAGAAAUUGGAGGCGCAGAGAACCCACGAGAGGAUGAUGGAGAUGGAGAAGUUCAAGGAGGAGCUGAUCACGCAGAUGCACUCGGCACAUCAAGAGCUGAACCAGAACAAGCAGGCGCUACAGGAGAAGGAGAUUGUUGCCAAGGAAGUCCUCAAGGAGUUUGCGAGCCUGCAGAGGAGUCAGGAAGCAUCCAUCACGAGCAUGAAGGACCAGAUUGCGGAGUUCUGCAGGAAGUACUCCACGGACUUCUCGACCCUGGAUGACUCCAACUCCUUCGAGUCCCUCAACGUCGUCUUCAACAGCGCCGUCGAGCUGGUGACGGAGGUCAUUCAAAACGCCGAGGAGAGACGGGAAGAGGCCGAGGCGAGCAGGAGGGAGUGCGAGCGGCUUGUCAGGUUCGCUCCUCUCUCUCACUUCUCCCCGUCCCCUCGCUCACAGUCGCUGACCUCCGCAACUCUCAGCGAGAAGGAGGAGCUGAUAAGGCAGCUGGAGCAGAAGCCCGACAACAAGGAAAGCGGGGACAAGAACCUGUCGCUCAUCAUGCAGCAGAUCUCUGACCUCAAGGAGCAGCUCGCUGACCUGCAGAGGGAGAAAACCAGACCUGCGCUCGCCUCCCAGGAGAGCCUGAGGACAGACCCGCUACUCCUCAAGAAGAUCGACAUCUCCUCCAAGGUCGGACUGCCUCUCUCCCCGAGCCAGGAGCAGCGGAAGCUGUCGAGGCCCACCAGCAGCUCCGUGUCGGUCGCUGACUUCCAAGACUACACCUUCACCAGCAGUGACGUCAGGGUCGACGCGGUUGCUGGAGGACAGCAAGAACGAGGACAAGAACGAGGAAUCAUCGGGUUCACCAUAGAGAGAGAAUUUCCUUUCCGCGUGCUCGAGAUCCAUGACCUCGUCGACGAGUACGGGAACACUAUCAACGACGCCAUCGAGAUCGGGGACAUGCUGACGCAUGUAGACGGGGAGGACAUCACAGACGAGACCAUACACUUCGUGCUGCAGAAGCUGUCGGGCCCGCCGGGGGGCAGCAUCAACCUCAUCUUCCGCACUGAGCGAGCGAGCAGUUACGAAGUCGUUGUGCAGCGACAUCGACCGCGGACUACGAGCAAGAAGUUCGGGAACCUUGAGACGUUCCAUAUGAACGAUCACGGUCAGAUCUCCCCGUCUGACGUCAGCGAUGUUCGGAUCAACCGGCUGCCGGUCCCGCAGGUGAGUGAGAGGUGGGAGAUGGAGGCUGGGGGAUGA